UGAAGAACCAUUUCCUUGUUGAUUCCAGCGUUCCUCAAUGGCGGCUCAUACAUCGAAUUCUUUUGGUAGAAUAAAACAGUACAAGCUUAAAUACCUACUUUGAAAACGACAACCUCGGUUUUUUUUUUUUGUUCAAACACCAACUGUUCCAAGGACCAUCUAAAUCGUUUUAUACUUCUUUCCCUUUAUUUUAACAACGACCGUAUCUCUCAGUUCACUUCAGUUGAUCUGAAAUAACGACAAGGCAAAAGCCAAGACAUGAGUGAGCUAAAAUCCAAGUUUUUGGAGGUCUACCCUGUACUGAAAUCAGAGCUUCUUAAUGACCCUGCUUUUGAAUUUACUGAUGAUUCUCGCCAAUGGGUAGAGCGCAUGCUGGAUUAUAAUGUACCUGGAGGAAAGCUGAACAGAGGGUUGUCUGUCAUUGACAGCUACAAGUUAUUGAAACAUGGAAAAGAGCUGAGUGAUGAUGAAAAUUUUCUUGCAUGUGCCCUUGGUUGGUGCAUUGAAUGGCUUCAAGCAUAUUUUCUUGUUCUUGAUGAUAUCAUGGAUAGCUCUUAUACACGCAGAGGUCAACCAUGCUGGUUCAGGCUUCCAAAGGUUGGAAUGAUUGCUGUCAAUGAUGGGUUAAUUCUGCGAAACCAAAUCUUCAGAAUUCUCAAGAAGCACUUUAGAGGAAAGCCUUAUUACGUGGAUUUGCUAGAUUUAUUCAAUGAGGUGGAAUUUCAAACAGCCUCGGGGAUAAUGAUAGACUUAAUUUCCACACUUCAAGGAGAGAAAGAUCUAUCAAAGUACUCAUUGUCAAUUCACCGCAGGAUUGUUCAGUACAAAACAGCUUAUUACUCAUUUUACCUUCCAGUUGCAUGUGCAUUGCUUAUGGCAGGAGAGAAUCUUGACAAUCAUACUGAUGUGAAGAAUGUCCUUGUUGAGAUGGGGACCUAUUUUCAAGUACAGGAUGAUUUUCUAGAUUGUUUUGGUGAUCCUGAGGUAAUUGGCAAGGUUGGAACUGAUAUUGAAGACUUUAAGUGCUCUUGGUUGGUUGUAAAAGCUCUGGAAUGUGCAAACGAAGACCAAAAGAAAUUGUUAUAUGAUAAUUACGGAAAAACUGAUCAAGCAUGUGUUGCCAAAGUGAAAGAGCUCUAUAAAACCCUAGAUAUUCAGGGUGCAUUUGCGGAGUAUGAGAACAUGAGUUAUGAGAAAAUAACAAAACAAAUCGAGGCUCAUCCAAGCAAAGCAGUACAAGCCGUGUUAAAAUCAUUUUUGGCGAAGAUAUACAAGAGGCAGAAGUAGAAAUUUCAACAGAACAAAUAAGAACAAACAUAUAUACUAGACUAAGUGGUUUUAAUCCAUUUAGUCAUCGUAUUAUCCAUUUGCAGAGGAAUAAAUGUCUAAUGACCUAGUGACCUGAUGACUCUCGCAUGGAUUAGCUAACAAAUCUCUAUGGAUUGCUAGUCAAUUUGAGGGGUUUAGGGAAGUUAAACAAUGAAUAAAAUUCAGUCUAUUUGGGAUUACAACCAUUCGCUUGUUGUAGUUUCUGAGUAAAACUUGUGCUAGAAUUAUGUUAAAGCAUUUUGUUUUAUGACCACCAUGGUAAAAGAUUAUUAAACACAAACAUAUGAUAUGUGUCAUACCUAAUUUCCUUUUUGGUUUUGAGGCGGUCACAGUUUGAGGAUA